AUGCGAUUCGAGGCCGGACUAGCUGUCGCUGCCGAAAUGUAUCCUCUCCACCCCCUCGAAAUACAGAUCCAUAUUGGUCUCUUCACCUGGUUCGGCUUCAUCAUCGACGACAUGAACGCCGAGUUGGGGCCGGACCUGGAGCAGUUCCAGACCCGGCUUCUUUUGGGAGAACGGCAACCCUCGACACUGUUACAAGCUUUUUCCGACGUACUCAAGUCAACGAAGAAGUACUACGACCCAAUAGUCGCCAACCUCAUCGUGCUCUCCGCCCUAGCCUUUAUCAACUCCAAUGCUAUUGAGAUCCGCCCCCAGUACCACACAAUCGUCCUCUCGGAAGAGACAGUCAGCUGGCCUUACUACUUUCGAGAUAAAGAAGGCCUUCCAGAGGUGUACACCUAUUUCUGCUUCUACAAGGAGACGUGUCCGGAUAUCGCGUGCUUCCUGCCAGCCGCGCCCGAGAUGGGCAAGUUUAUCAAUCUGACUAAUGAUAUAUUAUCAUUUUACAAGGAGGAAAAGGCAGGAGAAGUUAGGAACUAUAUCCACAAACAAGCCUUGAGUCUAAACCAAAGUCCCCUGUCUAUACUAGAAUCCGCCAUUCUGGAAACCGUGGUUGCGUACAACCGGUCCAAGGCGAUUUUGAAGAACAGCCAUCCGUAUGAGGGCAUAUGGCACGCUUACGCCAUGGGGUAUGUAGCUAUGCACUUGAAUACCCGGCGCUACUACCUUUCUGAGAUAGUACUGUAG